AUGAGAACAAAAUUUGUGCUAAAGAGUGGCAGAAAAGGGAGGGUUGACAAUAUAUCGUCGGUAAAAAAACAGCAUGCAAAGAGCAGUGAUAAAAGGAAGAACAUUGUGUUAAUCCACAGGGGCGUCAAUAGAGACGAAAACAGAAUAAGCUAUACAAGAAAUAAUUUACAAAGUAAUAGCAGCAUCCAGGAAAUAAAACACCUGAGUAACCUCCAAAAGAAUGUCAUCUAUCUGCUAGAACGGAACAACAACAUACUAGUACAUGCCAAAACGUCGAGCGGAAAAACAACCAUCUGCCUACUUUACCUCAUUUUGAAGUUCUAUUAUAACUCUGAAUUUGUCUUCGAGGAAGAUCUAGAAAGGGAAAAGUACUUAAGCAGUGAUGAAUACCUAAAUAGUUACAAGAAAAUGCUUCUUCUAAAUCAAAAGCGGAACAAGGUGAACAGGAAUAAACUCAAGUACACCCCGUUUAGUGAAAAGUAUGCUCAAAUAUAUGACAUCCGGCAGGACACCGAUUUGUUGAUGGAGGAAAGGGCCAGAAAUGUUCUAAAAAAAGAGGAAAAAAUUCUUAUUUUAUGCCCGUCUAAGGAGCUUUGUGUUCAAAUUUCGCAGAAUGUUUUGUCUAUGAUGAGUUGCAAGGACGACGGGGCAAUUCGCCUCUUCAUCGAUAAGGAUGAAAUAGAGGAUGCUAAUUUGUCCAAGUGUGUUUCAGCUCCGAGCUUAUCAAACGAUGUAGAAAAAGAAAAAAAUGAUGAAGAAGCGGAAGGAAUAAGUGCAGACAUGGAGGAAGUCCCCACAUUACCAAAACGUAGAAGCACGAAUGACUCAUCCAGAGCAGCUACCAAUUUAAACGACCCCCUUUUCCUAAUAGGAACGCCUAUUUGUUUUAAAAACUUCCUUUUAAGCUUAUCAAAGGAGGAAUUGAAAGCCUUUUUGCAAAGCAUAAAGUAUGUAUUCCUUGACGAAAUAGAUAGGAUGUUUCCCACCAUAAAAACGAGAAAAUCACGGGGAAUGAAAAACAGCACAAAGAAAAAAACGGCCUAUUUUAUCCUAGAAACGAUUAUGUAUAUGAAUAAGAAGAACCUCGUUUUUGUGGGCUGUUCUAGUACCCUAAAUAGGGAACUGCACAGGAGAAUAUUCAAGCUCUUGAGCUUGAACAGAAAUAACGCCAAGAAGAAAAUUUACCUGCUGCGGGAGAGUAACAGCGCUUCGAAUGAAGGUACUCGUGGUGGAGUUGGCAACCCUGUGGGUUCGAUACAUCCGGAUAGUCCUUACUGGGGGAACUCCUUUGAUGAGCAUCCAACAAGUGAUCCAAACCAAGGGCGAGGGGAUCCCUCUGGGGGUGAAAGAAGUGUGGCCACUUCUUACCAAGAAAAGGAAGACACCCACGUUGAUGCUUACACGGACGAGGAUGAACGGGCAUGUCUAUUCUCCCGGAAUGGUGAGGAUAUCCCCCUGCAAAAGUACAUAAUCAAAGUGAGGAUCUCGAACAAGAUACGCCACCUCUACAGCGUAGUGAAGGACCAGCUGUACAGCAGCAGGAUGGAAGAGGCAUACAAAAUCGUAAAACAUUUUAAAAAUAGAAAAGUGCUAAUUUUGGUUAAGAAUGGAUGCUCCCUACUACACAUGAAGCGGUACCUAUCCCAAAGGAACAUCUUUUCUGUGCUUCUACAUGAAGAAUUGCAAAUAUCGCUCACAGGAAAUAACAACCACCUGAACAGAAUGUGCCAAAAGUAUGCCCAUAUAAAAGAUUUAAAGGAGACAGUUCUACAAAAUGAGGAAGAGACAGAGAAGGAAUAUAUAAAUAAGUACCCCGUUAUUAUAAGCUCCUUUGAUAGCAUUCGAGGUUUUCACAUUAAUAACUUAGAACUCGUUUUGUUGUGCAGUAGGCCCAAAAAUGUAAAUGAGUAUAUUCACCUGAGCGGCAGGGUUGGAAGGAGGAACAACGUCGGUUAUUCCAUUCUGCUGGAAGAUGAAAGGAAUGUCAACAUUGUAACAAAUUGGUUAAGGAACAUACAGGUGCGUUUUUUCAAAUUGGCACUGAAUGGGGGUACCUCCACCGACGCGGCGAGCACUGAUCGAUCGGAAGAAGCUGAGAAGAGUGAGCAAAAUGGGCCAACGCCCGACACGGAUCGCGCAGAAGACAAUUUAAACUACAUCACAUCGUGCAUAAUGGAUGAACUCAAUGAGGACAUUCCGUGA